AAAAAAACUAACCGGCUACAUUUAAAGGACACUUUUUAUAUCUAAACGCAGGUUAGUAUUGUUUUGUGAGUAACUACAGUCGGAUAAAAGUGUAUGUGGCGGUGUACCGGCGGAGUUGUGGGCGGUGAAAGCGGUUGAUUGAUGAUUAGAUUUACGGUGUGGAUCACGGCGGGGAGAGAGGAUGACUCACCCCGUCUGGUGUGAUGUUCACCCCGCAACAGCUCGGCAGUGCGGUGGCACGCAGGUAGUUCAGCCUGACACGUCGCUGUGCUCCACCAAUAAAACUUUAUCAAACUGUUAAGAUGCGUUUGGAUAGCCCUGAUAUUCCUGGUCUGUUUCAAACUUGAGAGGUUGUCACUUGCUGGUUAAAGAGAGAGACCGGAGCGUCGUGAUUUACCGUAAAUUUCGUGACGCCUGAUUGCCAUGGAAACAGUGCUCCUGUGCUGAGAGGAAACUGUCCGUGUUAACUUCAGCAUCAACCUCUCCAACGGAUAAACCUGUUGGAUAUCUCAUUGGGGAUUUUUGCUUGUCUUGUUUUUGCUACUCUGGCGUUACUUUCCAUUUUAAUUUGGCAACAAACCAGGUGAGGAUGAUGGAGCUUCAGACGGAGAAGAGGUUCCACAACUUGAGCCUUGAGCAAAUCCAAGCCCUGGACAAGGUCUUGACUGAGGUCAUCCCCAUCCACGGACGAGGAAAUUUUCCCACUCUGCAGGUGAGAGCGAAAGACAUCAUUCGUGUGGUGAAGGAUCGGCUGGUCGAAAGAGACAUCCAGGUGAAAGAUAUACGGCUUAAUGGCGCGACUGCCAGCCAUGUCCUGGUGAGGGAUAACGGCCUGGGCUAUAGAGAUUUAGACAUCAUUUUUGGAGUGGAGCUGCCCAGACAGGAAGACCUCCAGGUGAUAAAGGAGGUGGUGCUGGGCAGCCUACGAGACCUCCUCCCUUGUGGAGUGAACAGACGCAAGAUCACCUGCCUGACAAUGAAGGAGGCAUACGUGCAAAAGAUGGUGAAAGUUUUCAACGAGCAUGACAGAUGGAGCCUCAUCUCGCUUUCUAACAAUAGAGCUAAAACGGUGGGGCUCAGAUUUGUCAGCUCCCUUCGAAGACAGUUUGAGUUCAGCGUGGACUCCUUCCAGAUUAUAUUGGACCGUAUGCUGGAGUCUUACUGGGAGACUGAAAGGAAACAAGGAGGAAAGUUGGCAAUGAAUGCUGGGAGUUUGUCAAAAAGAGACAAUGAGGAUGAAAAGAAAGAGCAAGAAAAUUCAAGCAUCCCUCGGGAUGUUAAAGCGGAUGUCAAAAAAGACUCCAGUGGAGAGAGUCCAUGCCAGGAUGAAGCAGUUUCUUUGCUUGAGAAAGAACUUCCAUGUGCAGAGGCUGAGCAUGUGGAUGGAAAGCAUGAGGCACAGGAGGUGUUAGGACCUGAGAGCAUUAUCUUACAGCCGGAGGAAGUGGAUGAAAUAGAUGAAGUUCAUUCAGAGGAGGACAUUGUGUUUGAGCUAUGUGAAGAAAAUGGAGGAGAGAAAGGACAGUUUCACAGCGUUUAUCCUUUAGUUUCACCCCCUAAAACUUUAUUAACAGAUGUCAGGGAUCCGCUGAUGACACAUGCAUGUUUAAAGCAACAGAGUGAUGAAGAGCUUUCUGCGUCACAAGCUUCCCAAUCAGCAGAAAAGUCAGCUCCGCAGGGAAAAGUCCAUUGUGCAGAAAUUACUCAGUUCAAAGUUGACUCUGUAAGCUGCAGGACUGAAAAUACCUCAAACCUACAGGAUCCACAUCUUGAAUUUUCCUUUCCUCCUCCAGCGAAGAAAACUUGCAGCGCAUCACAAGACAUUGUACCAGACUAUUGCCCCUCACCAAAAUUACAAAGGAAAAUGUCGAGGAAGAUGAUCAGUAAGCCAGAGAAAUGGUCUUUACUGACUGAUUUGUCAGAUCUUACUACACAGCUGUUUCCACCCAUAGAAAUACCCAAACCACUUCAGCCAAAGCCUCCUUUGCUGGACGGAGCUCAAGUACAUGGCUCAAAUGUUCCAGCCACCAAGCCAGAGACCUUAGACACCCUUACAGCUCCCACAUGCAGUCCAGCCAGUACACGUCAGGAUGGCUUGCAUGAACCUGCGGAACAAACUGUGAAGCCAAAACACUCAAAAAAGCCUCCUGAUUCAGAGACUCAAAGCUACCCUCAUGCUGCAAAUGCACAGCCUCAGAUCAAUGAGCAAACACCUGAGCUGGCGGACACUGUCCCAGACAGGUGCGCGGCAAGCUCAUGGGGUGGGGCAGUAGGGGGGCCCGCCAUCACAGUCGAAGCAGAGUGCAUGUAUGGAGACUUUGACCAGGCGAUGGACCACCUCCGCCACCGCCUCAUCGCCACCCACAACCCAGAGGAGAUCCGAGGAGGGGGCCUGCUAAAAUACAGCGACCUGCUCGUGAGGAACUUCAGACCAGCCAGCGAGACAGAGAUCAAGUCCUUGGAGCGAUACAUGUGCUCCCGCUUCUUCAUCGACUUCCCUGACGUGAGUGAGCAGCAACGGAAGAUUGAAGCCUACUUGCAAUGCCAUUUCAUUGGCAACGAGGAGACGAGCAAGUACGACUACCUGAUGACCCUGCGGCGUGUGAUAGAUGAGAGCACGGUGUGUUUGAUGGGACACGAGAGGAGACAGACACUGAAUAUGAUCACAGUCCUGGCUCUCAGGGUGCUAGGUGAGCAGAAUGCGAUCCCCAACACGGCCAAUGUCACAUGUUUCUAUCAGCCAGCUCCGUAUAUGACAGAGCCAAUUUACAGCAGCUACUUCAUUACCCAGGCCCAGCCCCCACUCGUCUACCACCCCUACCCGUUACACGUCCACAUGCAGACUGGUCUGGUGUAGCUACAGUGACCUGCCCACAGGGAGGCAUGGAGGCUGCUUUUAGCAUGGUGCUCUGCAAGCAGAGGCAAAAAUGGAAGUUUUAACAACAACAGGCAUCCACGGGCGCAGUGUUGUUUGAUGCUUUGAAACCCCUCCUGCUUAUGACCUGCAAGAUCAUGAAAGUUCAGAACUGAAAGGGGUCUGGAGGCAAAGCAUUUGACCCUUUCAAGACGAACACUUUUGGAAAGCAAGGAAAUGCUAAGAGCCCAUUUUUCAGAGGGCUGGUAGAGAGGUUUUCAUCGAAAUGGAGGGACUUUGUUGAGCUCAGCUUUGAAAGGGCUCUAUAUUGGUCACCGUCCCCUGUUGAGGAGAACAUUGUAAUACAACAAUUCUCUAUGGCUUGAAGAUACACUUCAACAUAUAAAAACAUAAUCUAUGAAAAACCUGUUGGCAGCAGCAAUCUUGAUUUGGUUGAAGUUUGAAUAAUGAUAAAUCCUUAACGUUUCUGUGGGGUUAAAACCUCAUAUAGCUGUUUUGUGAAUCAUCAGUCUCUGUGGAAUAAAUUUCAGCACGUGACUGUACCUGUGUAUUCACUGUAUAGAAAUAGGACACCAUUUAUCGAGGGCGUACAUUAGACAAAAUUUACUGUGGUAUUUCCAUGAUAUCAUAAGUUCUAUAUUUGUGAAUGUGAACACCUAAUUUGAAAGGCAGAAACAAGAGAUCUAAGGUUUGGUUCCAUUUGGGCCAAAAACUAUUGGGAAGGUGAGGGGGGCUGAAUUUCAUGUUUCCUGCUGGAGGGUUAUUUAAGCCUCCAAACACUUCAUGACAAAAUAAGCAACAACCAAAGUUAAAAUUGGGAAUACAUCUUUAUUCAUCAUUAAUUAGGGUUUAACUAAGUGAUCAGAUUUGAUUGACAAUGGUUAGGCACGUAGGCAAACAGCACAUCAGCUCAACACAAAGAGCGAUGAAGUCCCUCCCCUUCUGGUGUCCCCCAUGAGACCUUAUUUUGGAAAAAAUGUGUACGGUAGUCUAUGGUGAGACAAGUCUUUU